AUGCCUUUGCUCAAAAAGAAGGAAUUCAAACCGGAACCGUGGCCACCGAACCUGAAGCCAGACGAUGAGGUCUUCUUUUUAGCGACCACUAAUGAGGUGUUCCUCAAUUAUGAAGAUUUUUUCAAACGUCAGAUUACGUUGAAUUCAAUGUUGUGGAGCUGUAGCCAGACUGGUAAAAGUGGUUUGACUUUCGAGGAAGCACUCGAAUCGGAGAAGAACGCUAAGGAGUCUCUGGAAGCGUUCCCAGAACACUUUGGACGUCCGAUUCUUUAUCUGAUAGAUCGACUUUGCGUGAGAGGACGUCUGGAGGAGUUAGUGGGCGAUAUUCAUACGUUUGUGAAGGAUCGGUAUUUCGUCGGUGAAGAACUGUUUUUUGCGGCAAAUGGGACAGGCCGAAAGAACAAUUGCAGAAUUCUGAAUGUUUCUUAUAAAGGGGACGAUUUUACGGAGAUUAUGAACAACGUGAGUAGCGUUGAUAGUAAUAUCGAUGCGGAAAUUUCAUCAGACGAGUCCAAAAAGCCUUCCUCGUCGUUGUCAUUCUAUGAAAAUGGUGUUGGAAAAAUGGAAAAAACAUCUUCAAGUUCAGCGUCAUGUUCGAAGAGAAGUGAGCUGCGUAUCGGAGCAGUGGAUCAGUAUACGUAUACCAUUCAACUAAUCAAGAAGAACGGAUUGGAGGAGGACGAAGGUGUGCGAGAGAAUAUCACUUUCAAAGAAUUAUCACGUUCCAAAGCGAUUUCAUCUCGAUCUCGUUUGAAACUUUUCAUCAAGAAUUCAUGUCAACUCUAUGGCGAGAGUUUUAUAGUUAAGAAAGAUUUGGUGGAUGAGUACGGUUUGGAGACGUUGCGUUGGAGCGAUGUGUUCGGCGGUCCGAUGGCCGUCUUUCCGCAUACGCCGUUGCUGAUUCGCGUGCAGAACAAAAGCUCCUCGCGAAAAACUGACGAUGGUGAAGUGAGCCGCUCGAGUCCAGCAAGCGAUAAUAAGAACGAAGAAAGUGGCGUGAAUGAUUCGGCACUGAAACGAUCUCGAGGUCGGCCGAAAGGCUCCACGAAAACGAAGCCGUUCACGAACGGAGAGGUGGCUGCUGAUCAAAAAACAUCUGCAAAAACGCUGAAAUCAUCUGAAACAAAAUCGAAGUCACAACUCAAUAACAACACCACCAGUGUAAAAAAGAAGAAAAAUGAAAAGCUGCGUAAAGAGAUAGCGAAGCAACAAGAAGAGCUUCAGUCGACGUUCCAGCAGGCGAAACGUCUUCAGGUGGAGAAUCUUUCGAGGUGGUUGCAAGACGAGCGAUUACUGAGCGUGGAUGAUGUUGCCGAGUUGAAGCAAACCAUUCGCGUGCUCAGAGAGCAGGAGCGAGAACGUAUCAAAGAAGCGAAGCAACGCGAACGAGAGGCAUUACUCGAGUGGAAGAAACCACGAGAUGAUCUGGCGUGUGACGAUCUUUCCGAAAUGCCCAUGUUCGAUGCUCUCCGUCUGCCCGACUGGAUGAGUGAGGAGGAUUUUGGCGAAUAUUUGAACGUUUACGAGUUCUUCCAAACUUUCGCAGAGUUACUUCCCAUUAGAGAGGUUCGUAGCACGCCGCGAGUGACAUUCCGGGAUGUGGUCAGAGCGGUUAGAAGUAACGAUCCUAGGUCGGCGGUGUUCGUUGAGUUGAUGCAUGUGCUGCUGAUGGCGAAAACGGAAUGUGGUAAUGAGGAGGACGGUGAUGAAGUUGAUCUGAACAAUCGCGAAGAGUUACCGGUGGACACAAACACAGAUUUGGAUAAUAAACGGUUCGGUGAGCGAAUCAAACGAGCAACGUCGUUCCAUGAGAACGUUCGACUUACACAUGGUGUGAGUGCUCGGCACUUGCCAGUAGACUGGAUGAGCAUAUCAGAGGUGUUACGCAUCUCGUUGCUGUCCUCUGGCUAUUUCACCGGUUCGGGAACGCAUCGUUACCGAUUGUUCAGUCGUGGUGCUGUGCAUUUCUAUGAAGAUGAUGGCUUUGUGUUCACGCAUUCCAAUCCCGAGAUUAUGAAGACACUUGAGAAGGCAUCUGUAUUCGAUCUGAAGCCAGUGGAGCGAUUGGCCUUACUGAAGGUUUUAAUCCAUCAGCUGAGCACAUAUCAUAAGUUCCGUAGAGUGACCGAUGAUCGAAUAGCGUUAUUGUUUGAAAUGAAACGCGAACUGCGAAAAUUGCAAACUUGGGACAUGGCUCAGGAUAAAGAAGCGCGAGAAGCUCGUGUGAUACGUGAAUACGAAGCCGAGCAGAUCGAAGAGAACGGCGAGGCGGCUCGAGCCGAUCUGCCGGAAAGACCGAAACCGUCCAGGGAAUCGCUGCUGUUGAGUAGUUAUUUGCGAAUGGUGCGAGAGGGUGUCGGCGUGAGACGGGACGAUAAGAGUGUGCAGGUUAAGGAGAUUCUGUUGACGGGUGUUGCGUAUGCGGAAUUGGGUGAGGCUGAGAUCGAUGAGGUACGAACACUUCAGAAGCAGUUCGUUGAGGCGAAGCAAGACGAAAUCAUCUCACAAAUUUAUGAUCUGUAUUUGAAUUGUGGUUAUUGUUUGGGGCGUGAUCGAGCGUUCCGAACGUAUUGGUGCGUUGACCAUUUGCCUUUGAUAUUAAUCGAGAAUGCAUCGUGUUCGGAUGAAGUAGGACCGUGUGAAGAGGCAACUCCGCUUGAUAAGGUAAACGAACAACUAAAAACGGAUUCGGAAAGUGAAACCGAACUGAGAGUGAAACUGCUGGCGUGUACAAGAAAUGAACAAUGUCCGGUUCACAAUAUUCAUCAACGUCCCAGGUGGCAAUACGUCGACUCGAAUGAAUCGCUCGAUAAGUUAGUAUCGGCGUGUAAUAGUCGAGGCUAUCGUGAGGGUGAAUUACUGGAGAAUUUGAAUUAUUUCCGAAAUCGAUUGCGUCUUCAGUUGGACCUUUCUGCGAAAAAGAGUUGUUCGGGUGAUCUGUGGCGUGAUUUGAUGUUGACCACUGAUGAUCCAUCAACGUCAGCGAAUGAUUUUGACUGGUGCAAAGAAAUAGUUGAAAUGAUACUCGAUUUCGAAGAGAAGAUAGAACACGGCGGUAUCGGGCAUUUGGCGAUCGAUGGCAUCAGUCGUGAAAAGUGGCGUAAUUCACUCAAAGAGAACCACAAUGUUGUGGGAUUUAUUAAAGAGGAUAUCAAAGUAUUCAACGAGUGUGUGAUACCACUGGAAUCGAUGGCGACCCUCUCGGAAGUGACUCAGAUAGCGAUCGCAUUUCUACAAGUGGCACAAGGUGUGAGUUUUCGUUUCAUGCGAAUGCCGUUCGCGGUGAAUGACUCGAAAGACAAGACGAUCCUCAACAAUAUUCCGACGACGACAUUUCAAUUGUGGCAAAUUGGCUUGCUGAAAUGUAAAUCCAUCUCCGCGCUGGCUUUGUUCUACGCCACAUUGGAGCCGGCCAUUCUGUGGAGUAAAAGUUUAUUGCAGGCCAAGUGUCGCAUAUGCAGAAAGAGAGGUAUCGCCGAGAAUUUGAUUCUGUGCGUUCGCUGUGACCGGUGUUAUCAUAUCGACUGCGUGCGACCGAAAUUGCAUAAGGUAUGCGAGGAGUGGAUGUGCUCCGAUUGUGUUGCUAUGCAAAGGGCGAAGGAAGCUGAGGAACGUCGACAUCGGAAUGCGAACGGCCGAAUGAAAAGUGAGUUUGAAGAAGACGAGUACUUGGAUGAGGGAUCGGACGGAGGCGAGAGCAGCGGGUCGAACUCGUUGUUCGACGACGAGAUGAGCUCGGCUGACGAGAAUAGAUUAGAUUCGCCUGCUGUCGAGAUGCAAAAAACGAUCGGCGGUCGAUUGGUGCGAAAGGUGCAGUAUCGUGAGGAUUCGAUGUCGACGAGUGGACGAAGUUCGAAACGAAACAGUCGUGUGCACUUGGAUGUGUACGACAGCGAAGGUGCUGCGUCGAACGAGAGCGCCACUCAUCCGCGAUCCAAGAGGAGACGUUACAGUGCGAGGGAGGAUUUGUUAUCGCGGUCGGUAACGAUGGGACUUCGAGGUGCUGAUCACGAGCGUCGUGAUAUGAUGCGUUCGAUGGAGAGUGUGCUUAGAGACACGCUCAGGCAACCGAGUGCUUGGCCUUUCGCUGCGCCUGUAGAUGCCAGGGAUGUGCCCGAUUACUAUCAGAUAAUAAAACGCCCAAUGGAUCUACGAACAAUGAUGAAUAAACUGAAACAACAACUGUACGACACACCUGAACAGGUGGUGACCGACGCGAAGCUGAUGUUCGAUAAUUGUCGGAUUUAUAAUCAGGAUGGAUCGGAGAUUGUUGGUUGUGCAGAUAAGUUGGAAGAAUUCAUGGAGAAACGUUUUGUGCAGAUAUUGGGCGAUAGAGUCGAGAAUGGCAAUUAUAACAACCACAAUGGAUUGUGA